GACGGCGGCGGAAGUGCGUGUUGUGUGUGUGUGAGUGUGUUUUGGUCGGGGCAGAGGCGGCGGCGGAAGUCGGCGGCGGGGCUGGGUGAGGCACGGCUGCGCCCCCGCCCCUCGCCCCCACCGAGGAGCCGCCUCCCCUCUUACCCCUCCUCCGCCCACCCUGCCCCGGCGCGCCCGCCAGCCCCGACCGACGGACGGACAUCGCUGCGCCGCCGCCCCGGCUCCCCCACCCCGGCCAGGUUGUUACUGGCAGAAGAACCAGGAUUCAGAUCUCAGUGGAACUUGCUUUCAAAAGCUGUUGAAACAAAGGACUGCUUUCUAAUUUGGACAUGGCUAAUCGAGGAGCAACAAGGCCCAACGGGCCAAAUGCUGGAAAUAAAAUUUGCCAAUUUAAACUAGUACUUUUAGGAGAGUCUGCAGUUGGCAAAUCAAGUUUGGUGCUUCGUUUUGUAAAAGGACAGUUUCAUGAAUUUCAAGAAAGUACAAUUGGAGCUGCUUUUCUAACCCAGACUGUAUGUCUGGAUGAUACAACGGUAAAAUUUGAAAUUUGGGAUACAGCUGGGCAAGAGCGGUACCACAGUUUAGCACCCAUGUACUACAGAGGAGCACAAGCAGCUAUAGUGGUAUACGACAUUACAAACGAGGAGUCCUUUGCCAGAGCGAAAAAUUGGGUCAAAGAACUUCAGCGACAAGCAAGUCCUAACAUUGUAAUAGCUUUAGCAGGAAACAAAGCUGAUCUAGCUAACAAAAGAGCUGUGGAUUUCCAGGAAGCACAGGCUUAUGCAGAUGACAACAGCCUAUUGUUCAUGGAGACGUCUGCCAAAACAUCUAUGAACGUAAAUGAAAUAUUCAUGGCAAUUGCAAAAAAAUUGCCCAAGAAUGAACCACAGAAUGCAGGAGCCAGCUCUGCCAGAGGAAGAGGAGUAGACCUUACUGAACCCACACAACCACCCAAGAGUCAAUGUUGUAGUAACUAAAAGAUCAAUUGCUUUAAACUGUUCUGAAUAUUCUUCUGCUUCCUAACUGUUAAUAACCAUGGAAUUGGAGUACUUAACCUGGUCCAGUACAGCUUCCAAACAGCGAAGAGACUUACAAUAAUAGUCAAGUUCAUGAUACAGAGUUUUCUUUUCACCUAAAAUUUUAACAUGCAUGUAUCCACCACUGGCUGUAAUGUUUCAGCAGUAGAGGAGAGAUGGAGGCGGAAUAAACUUCCUUCAGUUGAAAGGUUUUAAAAAUCAGUUAUUAUUAGAGGUGUAGAAGAACUACUUUCUGUGGACCUAAUUGGCCAGUUCCUGUAGCCUCAAUACUGAUCACUGUUAUAAUAAAUAGAAUUGGGUCUUUUCAUAAUUCUGAAUUGUGCUUUAAAACCUCCUUAGAAACAGGGUCUAAAAAUUACUUAAACUUAUUUGCAGUAUUGAUGCAACCGGUUGUUUCUGCAGGUAUCCACUGUUUAGUUAUACAUUCCAUAGGUUAAUAAUUUUCUUACAAAUAAUACUUGCAUUAACAAUUUUAAGAAUCCUAUGCUUGCCAGAAAGUGGAGUUUUAGUUGGUACACUGUAUGUAAAUUAUAUCAACCCAGUUAGUUAUCUUAAUGAAUUAGUGAUGAAUCAAGUCUAACUUCAUUUCUAAUCUGUUCAGAGGGUACAGACUGGUAAAUUCAACUCUACAACUUAGGAUAUGGGGUUUCUUGUCCUCUACAAACUGUAAGAGCUCUUCAAGUAAAACCACAACAAACUCGGUGUCUGUGACUUCUUUCUUGUUUCUGAUCAUUGCUGGCCAUUACAGUUUGUUUUUCCCCUAAGGAAAAAAAAAUAGUGCACUAACGAUUAUGUACAUCCAACUUGAUUUUAAAUUUGGAUAUUAAUGUACUGUAAAUAGGUACUCUGCAUUGUAGUCUACAUUUGUUUAAUACUUUCUGUAAUAUUUAAGAGUUGCUUAAAGGUAUACAGAAUGUACAGUUACUUAAAGCUAACUUUUUUCCUCUCUAAUCAAAGGGGGUUCUGAGUUCUUCCUUUAUGGCUAGAACAGUAAUAAAUGAUGCUCCUGUAUCUGUAACAUAAGUACUGCUGUCUGUCAGUAAUGAACUUCGCAACUUUGUUUUCCAAAGUACAUUUUAUUUUGAUCAGUCCAGUAUAUUGCACUAAUUCUUUUAGUUAUUUUCAUUAUAUGAAAUCUACAAAGUGUGUCAGAAGAGAUGAAUUAGUCUAUUUAAAUGUUGAACUGAUAGAAACUUACUUGUGCAGAUUUUAAAUUUGCAGUAAUCUGGGUUUAGCAAGAAAAAUGACAGUUCACCAGUGUUUAGUUUUAUAUUGAGGUGCUCAGGUUUGAAUAAAGUGGUUUAAAAAAAUUUUGAUUACUGGUUCUUAUUGAGAGUUUCAGGAGGUUUUACUGCAUUUGUACAGUUCCAGACAAGAUGUCUGAAUCACUGUAUGGGUCAGCAUUUAAGAUGCUUACAAUAAAUUCAUGGCACAGCUAAA